UAUCAAAAAUCGUGCAUCUGUGUAUAUAGUUUCUGAUAGGUUCCCUGUCCCUUUUAUUGUGUAGAGCCCCUUAAGGUUACUAUUCAGAAUUUUCGCGCGCAACAUCAAUGGCUGAAGCAAAAGUAGAGGGGGUAGAUUCUCGAUCAUCUCGUUCAUUUUCGAGCAUUCUCGAUCAUUCUCUGUGUCGAGGACCAAAUGUGCAUCUUUGGUAUCUCUGCAUUCUCUACUCCAGUAUAGUCUAGGACAGUACUAUCCAGUACGCUAGUUACUCUGGUUGUUGAAAUUUCAUAAAAGAUUAAUUGGAGGUAUUUAAAAAGAAGAAAAAGAACUAAUACGUACAAUGAAGAAUCUGGAUCAAGAACACUUUACUUGUUGGACGUGCAAAGUAAAGUUUACAGAUUUGGCAAUGUUUAAACAUCAUUAUCGUACUGAAUGGCAUAGAUAUAAUAUGAGUACAAUAGUAAAUGGAUUGCCUUCGAUCACUCUUGAAGACUUUGAGAAGAAAGAAGCGAUGCAUCAUGAAAAUAACGCAAACCAGAUUAAGAAAAAACAGAUUUGUGAAAUCUGCCGAAAGAAGUUCAAUAAUCAGAAACAGUACGAGAAUCACUUGGCCUCGAAAACUCACAAAAAGAAGUUGGAGCAAAAAGAAGAUACAACUGUAGCUUAUAGCAAAAAGUCGUCAAGCAUACAAGAUUCAUCCAAUAAGAAUACGGAUGAUAUUGAAACAGAUUCAGAUGUAGAAUCCUUGGAUUCGGACGAGUGGUUUGAAGACUUAAAGUAUCAAAUUAUUUAUGAUAAUUGUUUAUUCUGUGAUUAUCAUAAUAAAUCCAUAGAGUGCAUUAUGAUACAUAUGGAGAAGAAACAUUCAUUUUUCGUACCUGAUCUUGAAUACUGCGUGGAUCUAGGUGGCCUGUUAAAAUACUUAGAAUCUAAGAUAUAUGUUGAAUUUAAAUGUAUUUGGUGCAAUGAUUCAGGAAGAAAAAUGCGAAGCGCACAAGCUGUAAAGAUGCAUAUGAUCGACAAGGGUCACUGUAAAAUGUUGUUCGAAGAAGAGACGAUGUACGAGUAUUCAUCUUUUUAUAAUUACUUAUUCAGCUACCCAGAUGCCGAAAAUGCUGAUCCAGAUGAAGAAGUGUCUGAUCUAGAGGUUUUAAACGACGAGGGUUACAUGAUGAAAUUACCAUCUGGCAAGUCAAUCGUUCACCGUGAUUUGGCGCUUUACUAUAAACAGAAUGUACCUGUGGGAAUCACAGCGAUAAUAAAAGACUCAGAUUAUUGUCGACGCAAGCGGAUACAUAAGCAAAUAUCGUUUGGAUCUGAGGAAAGAAAAAUUGAAAUCGCCCGAAUUACAGCACGAGACAUUCAAAGCUUCCAGCGAGUCCAAGCCAAGUACUUAAUGCAAUUGCAAGUCAAACAAAAUAACCUGCAGAAACAUUUUAGACAACAAACGAACUUUUAACUAUAUUUAAUGACUAAAUAUAAUUAGAUAUGCAUAAUUUUUAGAGAGUUGUAAGU